UAUGAAAUGUGUCUUCCUUUGUCUCACGUGCUUGAGGAACAAAUUAUAUGAUGUUCUGGCUUGUAAAAUUCGUGUUAGAUUUAUCAAAGCUUCGAGUUAGUAAAAUUACCACUGUGCUCUGAAUAUGCGUCAUGUGUGGAUUGUCGAAUCUGGUUUAUCCUGCCAAUUGUGACGAACAGAGGAAGAGGUCUAAGGAUGUACAGCUACAAUCUUUUCUUUGGAUAAUAGCUAGUUAGGCAGAACUACUAUUCCGUACACUAGAUUUAGUUGGAGGAUGAAAUCACUUUACUGUGUGGAAGGAAAAUACAGCAACUGUUUUGACAGGUAUCGAGUAUAGAAGGAAAAGGCAAAAACUGUUUUCACACAUUGGGAUCAUUGAGAAACGACACGACGAAUUUUUGUCUCUCCAAUUUGUUGAAACUUUCUGCAUGCCCUUCGUUGUCACACCACUAUGCGGCAUAUCGAAGUAGUUAUGGUAGCGACAAUAUCUAACCUUACUUGUGAAUUAUGUUGCAUUUCCCAUCAUGCAUUAUAGGAUUAUGGAAACAAAACUAGAAACAACAUUACUACCAGUGUUAUGAUUAGAAAUGCAAUCUAUACGCCAUCAUUAUCUUCCUAGAAAUGAUUGUGUUUUUUCCACAUUUUUAAAAACGACUUCGUUUGACAUCAGAAUCACUCCAAAACCUGGAUGAGUUGAACUUGACAGAUAGAGUUUGAGAAUCCUCUCACAUUUACUUUCCGAUCUAGAGAAAAAUUUGCAGAUAUGGUGCAGGAUCUGGCAUUUACACAUGCGAAUCCAAAUCCUUGAGGCGCAGUGCUCGAAUGCAACAGCUUCAAAAGUUCGAUGUGUACACAGCCAAUCAGCGGCAGUCUAUAUCCGCGCGUGUUUAUCACUGCCAAUGAAAAUGGCGAACGGGGAUUUGCGCCAACAGCUUGCCACCAUGAGGCAAUUGCUGCUGGAUGAGGAACUCCUGGACGAACAGUUUAUUCAGCUGGAGGAACUCGAGGCCGAGGGCAAUCCCAACUUUGUGGAAGAAGUUUUUAGCUUGUAUUUCCGAGACUCUACUAAGACCCUGGAAUCUGUCGGGCAAAUGCUGAAGAAGACACCUGUCGAAUUUGACAAGGUGGACAGGGCUCUUCACAUGCUGAAGGGUAACAGCGCCAGUGUCGGUGCUAACAAAGUCGUGAAUGAAGUGAAUCAAAUGAGGGGUCUUAUCGAAGAGAACAGUUUCGAGAGUUGCAACGCCACUUAUGAGCAGCUGAAGAAGGAGCACGACGAGCUGAAGGGAAAGAUGGAAGCUUAUCUCCAGCUGCUGAAGCAAGUGGAAGCUGCCGAGAAGCCUCGACAGGGCAACGAUCAGGGCUCGGCGAGCGACACCGAGAGCUCCUGAAGGCAAAUGGUGUCCUGUGGCAGAUCAGUAGAACUAAGGGGAAUAAAAGAGGUCCGGUCGCGGGGCUUCCAUGAGUGAAAGUUGGUGUCUGUUGUUUCUGUUAAUGUUGUCAACUGGGCCUGUCUUUUUGGCAGGACAGUCUCGUUUUUCCUUUGCGUCCUCGUGCGUAGGAGACCCUCUUGAGGGUUUCUUCUUGUUGUGAGUCUUUUGCUAUGCAACGAGGAGCUUCCUCUGAUGUUUUAGGUUGUCCCCAUCCUGUUGUCUCCUUCGGUCUUUGUCUGGUCUGCCAUCAAAUCUACAAAUCAUUGCUUGGUUUCUAAUCAUCAUUUUAGGGUUGAUCGA